UAUUUGUGGCUGUAGUAAUUGAGCUUGCACCUUACGACAAUAGUGUGCCAAAGUGCCAUUCAAGUCUUUGUGUUUGCGUUGAUUGGUUUUACAAGGCACAAUUGUUUUAAUGUCUUGACUUUUAUCGAUGAAUGCUGAUAUUGACCAUUCGCGUUCGUCGCGAAGACCAAGGCCAGAAGUUGCUGUUUACCGCCCUGGAUCAGGACCUCUAAAAAAAUCGGGUAGCAAUGUUGAAAAUAUUCAGCCAGGCAGCAGUUUACAAAGUGCUGGUGGAACAGAUAUUGACGGUGGCCUAGCUUCAAACUUCAGGAAUGUCAAUCUCAAUGAUGACGGCAACAAAUCAAGAGAUCGGGCAGUUCACGCUCAAGAACCUAAGCCUAGAAAGACAAACCCUCAAAGACACGAUAAAAAUAUUAGCAAGCCAAGAACUGAAAUUCCUCAUCAGCAGCCUGCAAUUAAGAAGAAGGAAGAUUUGAGGGAACCCCCUGUUGCAAGCGCUCAGGGUAAAAGGCAGCUGUACUACCAAGAUAACGUGGAGACAGGGUCAAAUCAGGAUCUACGUCAACUUCUUCUUGAGAAAAGGCAGCAAAGAAAUAAUGAAUCACCAUUACCAGCAGGCCCUAGCAAACAAAGUCCAACUCUCAUUCAACCUAUGAAUGGCAAACAGAAGAAUAACAAUCAGCCAGAACAGCAGCCAGGCCAACCAAGAGAAGAAGCGAACAUCAGCCGAUCUAAAGCCCAGCCUAACGCCCAGCCUAACGCCCCGUCUGCAUCAAAUAAAACAUCACAAACUGCAUUGACUGAUUCAUCGUCAAUGCUGACAAGACAAAGUGAAAAAAGAAGCUCAGGUAGACGUCGAAAUGAUCGCAAACCUAGAGUAGAGAAUUCGUAUUCCGAAGGACAUUUGGUUGCUUUGACCAACAACAACUCGCCAGAGGCGGCUUCCAGCAGGCCAUCCAAGAACUUUGAAGAAAAGAAAAGCAUUAGUGGUAUUUGGAAUGAUUUAAAAAGAAGCAACAGCAGUAAAGACGCGAGAGAAGAAAAAGGUCGCGGUGGAGGAAGGAAGAAACGACACAACCGCAGUCGUGGAAGUAGUCGUCGAGGAUCGAUUUCUAGCGAAGCCGGAACUCCCCUUCCAGACCGUGAAUUGGGACAUCCCAGUUCUUCAAAAGACGAUUACCACUAUUACCAGACGAUUGAACCGUCGCGGAUCGUUCGCCUAGUAGAUGACGACAAACCAACGAAGAAAAUUGGAGGUAGUGGAGGGUAUUACCAAGCUGGUUCGAGCAAAACCCGUCAUUCGUCUAGCCCGCAAAGCAGUAACAGCAGAAAUGGGAUGAUACCAGAAGAGAAUUGCACAGUUAAUGCUGUGUCUUCUCCAACUGGCUUCUCUGGUCGCUCUCAAUCGGUCACAUCGCCAACUCCAUCAUUGCCUAAUUAUAGGCAUAGUUCUGAGCCACCUGUUCAUCCCAGAUACCAAAAUCAGGUGCAAAACAGUUUCAUGCGUGAACAGAGAAGAGAAAGGCACUUUGAUGAGAGAUCGCAGGACUCUUACCGGUCCGAUGGAAGGCCUCCAUCCGGCCGUGCGGGCUCCUCGAGGAACGAUCGCCCUUCGCUGCCGAACAAAUUCGAUUCCCUUCCGCCUCGUCUCAAAAAGAAAUACGAAGAAGAACGUCUCCUACAAUUGCAGGCUGAAAGAAUCGCGUCUGCUCAAUCGAAUUUAUCCGCUAAGCAAUCACCCACUUCUGGCCAUUUGCCGGCCAAAACCGAAUGGGGCGGUGGUUCGCGUGCAUUCGUCAACGUUACUGGAGGAACUCUGCCAAUUCGGCCAUCCCUGCCUCAUCCGUUCCCACAAUCGGUACCUCACUCUGCCAACAUCCGGCCACCCCAUCGGCCCGUCCCCGGUGCUGGAAACCCUCUGAGAGAUCACGGCCGACAGCAGCCAGCAAGUUCUUUAGUAGCAUCGCGAUUCGUCAAGGCUUUGCCUUUGUCAGAUCAAGCGGAAGAUUCUGAUCCCAUCCAUGUCCCAGUUCGACCUCGAAGCCAAGAUUCCAUGUCGUUCUCCGAUCACGGCCGGGAACGUAAGACAUCGGUGACGGACUCUAGGAGUUCGACGCCUUUAUCGAACGUGGACAGCGGCUCGGGAAUGCAGCUCCACGGACGGGCAACGUUGCGACGCCUGGAGGAAGUCAUCGGCGCAACUCAGACGUCAUUGGACUGGAGUGAAGAGAUGGAAGAGGAAGACAAGAGGAGUUUGGCAGGGGAACAUAACAACCAGCGGCCACCUGUUGCCAGCGCAGUUGCCAGUCAAGCGCCAGAGGCCACUUUUGCCUGCACGGAUAUCCGUUACAGGAACAAGCCGAUGGAAGGGUAUACGGUCAUUGCGACUUCAUCGGCCAACGGGAUUGCAGCGGAGAAACAAACCUCUCCGCCUGCAGCUGGACGACCUCUCUUGGGCCAGGGUAACAGGCAGGAUAUGAGAAGCAAUCCACCACCGCGGAUGUCCGUCCCAGGACUCAUCCAGCUGCCCCUCGGACCUCCUCCGUCUUCUUCACCGAGGCGUUCGGACGUUGUCUCGUAUCCGGCUGGAUCAUCUUACGACCGGUGUGCUCCUCGCCAACAGGAUCACAGUCGUUCGUACCCACGCAAAGCUGGCCCGAUGCAACAACGCACUCUGUUCGAUCCAGCCAAUCCGCACAAACCGAUUGUCGUGGCAGCCAGAGAUGAUGGAUCUAACGGCCAACAGCAACCUGCCGCCUCUGCAACGCAACUCGGCUGUCCGGAAAUGACAUUUUUAACUCUACCGGCCGACCAAGGCAACAACAUGUCGUCCAGGCCGGCGUGGUACGACCCGCAAUCUGAAAGUUUCCGGAGCAGCAAGAGUCAUCCACAUUUGCUAAUGGACAUGGCCCGUUGCGACAUGGAACUGUCGUGGCUGCUUGACGGUCAAGGUCUCCACCAGCGGUUCAAUCGCAUUCAAAUGAACAGGAAAUUCUUCCAGAACAGCUUGCGGACCAUGUUGGCCAACGAUUUGCGUUUUUGUCAAACGGAAAACGUGGAGCAACACGUUUGGAAGAUAGCAUUCCAUAACGUCAUCGAGGCGUUGCGCAAAGCCACCACCGAAGAGCCUGAGGCUAAAGAGGAGUACAGGUCGCUCUUGUUUAACGUCAUCGACGACGGAACGGCGUAUUUCGAAAUGCUUUUGGAGACGCUUCAAGAAGCGCACAAGUUCAAUUUGGAGACGUUCCUCGAACCGCAACCUUACCCAUUGCUGUCGGGGUUGGGUUAUGUUGGCCUGGCCAUCAUCUCGUGUCAAAAGAUCCUCAUUUUCCUGGGCGAUUUGGCCCGCUAUCGUGAAAUGACGUCGGAAACAUCGAAUUAUGGCAAAGCCAAAAGCUGGUACACUAAAGCCAAUUUGAUUAACCCGAAGAACGGCCGGCCGUACAACCAACUGGCCAUUCUGGCCCUCUACGCGAGGCGAAAAUUGGACGCUGUUUACCUCUACAUGCGCAGCUUAAUGGCCUCUAAUCCGUUCCAGUCGGCCAGAGAGAGUCUCGUCUCGCUCUUUGACGAAAACCGUAAAAAGUAUGAGCAACAGGAACGUAAGCGACGUGAAGCCAAAGAGGCCAGUAGCACCCGCCGUAAAGAAUCAGCAUCGGCCGCAACCGAUGCGGCCAAAGUGGAUCGUCUCGAAUUGAGGCGGGAAAUUUGGAUCCAUCCGCUCGAUGGACGUCGUACACGCAGGACGACCAGCACGAACGGCUCGGCUGACGCCAAUGGGCUCAACAGCGACGAUGAAGAGCUUGCCCAGCUGCCCAGCAUCGAGGUCAACAAAAGAUUCGUCACCAGUUACCUGAACGUCCAGGGCAAAUUGUACACAAAGAUCGGGAUGGAAACAUUUCAAGAGUGCGGCGUUCAAAUGUUGAGAGAAUUCCGUGCGCUGCUGCAGCAGACGCCAUUGCCCGUCAACCAAACCCGUUUGCUGCAAUUAUUGGCGCUGAACAUGUUCGCCGUAUCCAACACUCAACUGAAAGAUGCCCGGAUGGCAGGCGGAUGUCGUUCAGCUUGGCAGGAAUGCGCGCUGGUCGUCUCGCUGGAAAUGUUCAAUUUGCUGCUGGAACGAUGCAACGCCAUGCUGAAGGAGCAGCUGGAAACGGCUGCAACGACAUCGCUGGCCAAUAGUCGACUGCUGGGCGAGGAUCUACAAAUCAUCUUGCCCGCCAUUAAGGUGUGGUGCGAUUGGCUCCUGUGUCACAGUACCGUCUGGAAUCCACCACCUACCUGCCGCGACUACCACGUCGGACCGGCUGGAACACCGUGGACACGUUUGGCUACGUUGAUUAACCUUUUGAGUCGCUUUGACACUCAUCAAGUGGAGAUCAGCAACAAGGCGCUCGAAGGUUACGAUGCUGUCAAACUGCCCGAAGAUGUCACUCUUUGUGGUUUCACGCCGUUGAUGCUCAACAUCCAAGAAUCACGCUACACACCGAAAACAUCCGACACGGAUCUGGCAGCGGAUUGCGUGCGCAUCGAACGGAUGCUCUACUUUGGACGUGAUUUCCUUUGCGGCCUCGAUCCGCCCGUCCUCAAACUCAAAUUCAUCGGUCCGUCGCUGUCCGAGUACGUGUCCGUCGUUGAUUCUUCGUCCGCCACUGCCGGACCUCAUCAACCCAAAAACGACGACGACGAUGUCGAGGACGAUGAUGAAGAGCAAGGCCUCGUUGGCGAACUGGAACUCGAAGAGGAGGAAGUGACGGCCGACGACGAUCUCCAGCAGCUGAGGCAGCGCAAAGACGAAUUGACUCGGAAACAUCUCGAUCGGCAACGUCGCAAACAACAAGUCAAGGCCAUUUUGCGUGAACGAGUCCAAGUCGAGUUGGAAGUGAGGCCGAAAUACCUGGUGGCCGACACCAAUUGUUACAUCGAUCACCUGGACGCCCUCGCCCGUUUGACGCGCGAAAAACAUUACACGCUCGUCGCUCCACUUGUCGUAUUGAACGAACUGGAGGGGCUUUGCCGGUCGAGACUGGCCGUUGAGUCGCGGGCGGCGUUGGCUUUCCUGCGCGAGAAGAAUCCGCAGAUCCGCUACGUCACGUCCAAAGGUGCGCCACUGCCCAACUUUGCCGCGUGCACCAUGAACGAAGAGAACGACGACCAGGGUCUGACCAACGAUGACCGCAUCCUGCAAUGUUGUCUAGGUCUCUUCAAGGACAGGCCGGCCUCAUCGUCCACCGCAGAGGAAGACACUUGUCCAGAUGGAGUGAAGCGGUUACGGCGUGAAGUCGUUCUGCUGACGGACGACCGCAAUUUACGAGUCAAGUCGCUCUCGCGCGACGUGCCCGUCCGUGACCUGCCGGCCUUUCUCGCCUGGUCCUCGUCAGCAGCAGCUGCAACGGUGGCCGUUUAACACUUUUUGUUUUUCUUUCUUUUUAUUGCAAUUUUGUUCCCUUCAAACAAGAAAAAAAAAAAAAGAUUCCGCGCCGCGCCACACAUUGACUACCUUCAUUUAAUCCAACCACCUCCUCCUCCUCCAAUAAGUUUUCAUUUAGUUUUUUUUUUGCUAUUGAAAAAGCGUGCGUGUAACUUGUUGCUGAUUGAUUGUUUGUGUGCGCGAGCAAAUGGGUUGAUGGCCGGCGCGAUCCUGGCCAUUUCACCCACUUUGAUGUAACCAACGUAGAAUUUCUGAAAUGUGACAAAUUAGUUCAAAAUGACGAAUGAAAAUUGGAAAAAGAGGUCAAAAAGACAAACAAAGGUCCCUCUGUUUAAAAACCCUCCGAUUGACGACAACUACAUAGUUGACACUUUGAUGAUUGAUAUUCAAGUUUCAAUGUUGGAAUCAGGCCCAAUGUGCCUCCCCCAUCCCUCCCAUACACACCCUCAACUACCACGUGAAAUAAUCCUUGUAUUUUUUCUUAUUUUUUUUGUUCUUUUAAAGAAAACAACAUUUUUUGUCUUUUGGUCUCAAUUAAAAACACAAAUGAUUGUAUGGCUCCCCCACCCAUUUUUUUUUCCUUUUACAUAUGACAAGUGGUUUGCCCAAUACACACAAAUCAGAAACCACA